CGCUCUCUGAUUGGCGCGCGGCGGAGUCAGUCAGGCGGCGGCCGGGAGCGGGAUCCCGGGAAGCCAGAGCGGUAAAGCGAGCAGGAGUUCGGAGUCGGGAAGCCGAGCGGCCCCGGCAGGCUCCGAACGCCGGCGGGACCAGAUGAGAGCAUUUAAACGAAAGCACCUUACAGCCAGUGACUGUGAAGCAUUCAGCCAGAGCGGAGAAGGCUCAUCUUCCCUGACGCAGCCUUUCAGUCAAAGACGGGCGAGCGGAGAUCUAAACAGGGGCCUCUACCCUACGUACAGAACCAAGAGACAGCAAGAAGGACAGGGUCAUCAGAGGAGCAUCACUGAUUACUUCAAAGUCAGUCAGAGACCACCCACCGGUAACAAAGUGGCAAAAAGCAAUGAAGUUAAAGAAGAGUCGUUGGAUUCCUUCUUCAUGGACGAGGGGUUGGAGGAUCACUGUGCCCUCCUUGGAUGUGAUGGAGAUGCUAAAACGGCUCCCUGGGGUCCUGUGGCCUCUAGGAAACGGCCUCUCUGCUCAGAAGGAGCUGGGAGCAAUUAUACAGAAGACAGUAGAUGUGGUGGGACUGAUAAAAAGCCCACGAUGGACAGUUCCCUCAAGUAUUUUCCAGGGGACACACAAAUCAGACAAGACCCUGAUGUCAUAGAAAUUGAUCCAAUUCCUGAUUCAUAUUUUGGGCUCCUAGGGACUUCAUGCGGUAAAGAACCCCAAGGACACAUUGACCAGCUGCCCAAUGAAGUCCUGAGCAUUAUCUUUGCUUUCCUCCCUGUGACUGAUCUCUGUCUGAACCUGAGCUUGGUGUGUCAUCGCUGGAGAGAGAUUAUCAGUGAUCCAUUGUUUGUCCUGUGGAAAAAGCUGUAUCGUCAGUACCUCAUGAAGGAGGCCCAGGCUCUGCUCACAGUUGAAUGGAUUCUGGAUCAUUACGGUAUAACCCAAGAGCAGGAUCAGUGCAUGCUGGGAUUUAUAAGGUAUAUGGCCGCCUCCAAUGCUACCCGGAGAAUGGACCCCGAAACAGUUCUCAGAUGCUUGAAGCAGCACCACCUGUUUACCAAGGCAGAAAUAUGCAUCAUCCAGAGACUGCCUGAUUUAGAGGGCACUGCGGGGGCUGUGAACGUGUGGGCCGUGAUGGCAGCUAUUGUGCUCUUCUCUGAUGGCGUUCGUGACAUCCAGAAGCUGAUGGCUUGUCUUAGGAGACCCAGCUCUACCCUUUCAGUCCUGGACAUCACUGAGAUGUUGUACUGUAUGGCCACACUGCUGAAUGCAAUGAGGGAGAAGGGCAUCAAUAUAAGUAACAGGUUUCACUACAGUAUUUUCUACUGCUUGUAUUUGAUGGAGAACUCUUGCCCUGUUACUAAGACGACAAAGCUGGAAACACCCAGUUCAAACUGUGGAAGAGGCACUUGGCCCAGUAAUAAGCUGGACAUAAAACUAACCCACGAACAGCAAAGGAUCCUAAACCACACAAUCUUGCCUGGUCAAGUAGUGAAAAUUAUGGCAUUUGCAGGUAAGAAAGCUGACUGUGAAACAAGUUGCAGGGAUGCUUUAUCCAAAAAAAAAAAGGCUUAUUAGACAAUUAAGCAAACU